UUGGGGACUUUAAAUACCAGUUUUAGUACACAGCUGUGCCACACAUUUAAAUGUACUCUCAUGUACCUCUGCGCUGACUGGGAAAAAAAGAGCGUAAACAUACACACGAAAUAGCCGACCAAGCUCCGUCUGGAAAUCUACAGCGUUCCUGGGGCAACGACAUUGAGUUUGUUUUUGCAUUUUUCUUAUUCUUGUUGGAUAUCGAGAUUUCACAAUGUCAAAUGUCCAGCUAUCGAAUAGCACUCUGGAGCGGCCGGCCGCGCGGAGAACCUUUCCGCUGCACGCACGCACCAGCGCCUGCAGGAACCUUUUCGGUCCGGUGGAUCACGAAGAGCUAAACCGGGAGAUGAAAAUGCAGCUGCGGGAAAUCUCCGACCGGGACCAGCGCCGGUGGAACUUUAACUUCGAGACGGAUACUCCGCUGUCUGGAGAUUACGAGUGGGAGGAAACGCCUACGGACUCGACACCCGUCUUCUACCAGGAGUCCGUGCAGACGGGGAGAAAGAGGGUUGCAGUGUCCGUGCCGGCGAAGGUGAAGCCGUGUUCGGACAUGGCUCCCAGGGACUGUGCUACGCAGGACGUGCCGGCACCUCGCCCCGUCGAUGACCGCUUAUCCACUCCCGAAGCUACCCUGCCCCGCUCCGGCGAGUUAAACCAGGAGAACUGCUCGGACAGACUGAACUCAGGGAAGCCAAAGCGCAAAGCCGCCGUGUGCGCCCGACGGAAAAGGACGUCCACUACUGAGCUGACAACGACCACCACAACACACAUUACAGAUUUUUACAUGAAAAGGAAAAGAAUGUCCGAAGCGAAGCAAAGCGAAAACUCCUCCCAGAAUUCUACACUCGCAAUUCCAGUGGAACAGACUCCACGGAAACGAAUUCGCUAAAAAGGCAUUUUGCACUGCGAGAUUGUGAAGACCGUUUCUUCCGCGAGCAGCCAGAGGGAGAGGAGGACACGGAGAGAGUUACCGCGCGUACGGUCGUCCAUUGCUUGGCGCUCUUGCGCGGGGCGCACGCGUCGCCUCUCUGGACUGCGGUGGAGAGCGUACUCGCCGAAGGACUUAAUUCAGACAAAUGUAGCAAACUUGUGGCUUCGUGUGCAGUCACAUGACAGUGUUAAAAUACAUUAACAACUGUGCAAUCUUAAGUAACUUUAAAUGUCUACACUGGCCAAAAGUGUACAGCUUUAAAAAAGACUAUUGAGUUAUAUAUUAUUUCUGUUGAAAAAUAUGUAUCUUGAGUUGUGUAAAUAUAUAUUUUUUAAAGAAUAUUCUAACUUAUAAUUUUUUUAUUUAUGUUUCACCUUAUUUGCAAAUGCCUGUCGUAGCCAAAGGGCGACGUUUUUUUUAUUUUCAAAGUGUUUUUAUAUUGUGAUGUUUUGCAAUCAGUAAUGUAGCUUUCAAUAGUACACUUGAAAGUAGGGUCCAUUGUGUUUCUGAGCCGUUUCAUAUAUCACUGCCCUCUACUUGUGUUCCACGAAAACAAAAUAAAACGUUAUUUUGCUCUUCUAA